AUGAGCAAGCGCCCAGCCGAGGACUCCGCCACUCCAGUGCCUCAGAUCGGCAAGAGCAUCAAGGACGUGGCGCGGGAGCGCAAGGCGGAGGCGGGGGGGCGCAAGGGGCGGAUUGCGGCGGCGGCGCAGGAGGCGCGGCGGGCGGCGGCGGCGGCGGCGGCGGGUGGCGGGCGGCGCGCGGCACGGGCGCUGCGGGGGGACGCGGGCGCGGGGGAGGGCGGCGGGAAGGCGAGGAAGAAGAAGAAAAAGAAGAAGAGGGGGAAAGGGAAGGAGGGGGGCAAGGCGGGCUCGGAUGAGGAGUUCGCACCUGACAGCGGGUCGGACGACGACGACCUCGAGCUUGACGACGAAGCGGAGGUGUCGGAUUUCGUGCCGUCCGACGACAUCGACGACCAGGAGGCCAUCGACGGCAUCGUGUACGACGACGACGAGGCCAUGGAGGUCAGCGACGAGAGCGACGGCGGGCGCGCGCGCGGCGUGGCGCGGCGGCGUGGGCGCGGGCGCGGCGGGCGCGGCAGGAAGCGCAGUGCGGUCUCCGUGGGCUACUCCGACUUGGACAACGACGUGUCGCUCAGCGACGACGACGACGACGGCUUCGAGAUCGGCGGCCGCCUGGCGGACUUCCGCGAUCUGUCCCUCAAGGGCGAUCACUCGAACCGGCCGCUGUGGGUGCUCAAGGACGGCCGCGUGCUGCUCGAGGCGCACUCUCCGAUCUACAACCAGGCGUACGACUUCCUGAUCGCGGUCGCGGAGCCGAUUUCGCGGCCGCAGCUCAUGCACGAGUACCGCCUGACGCCGCACUCGCUGUACGCCGCGGUGUCGGUCGGGCUGACGACGGAGACGAUCCUGCGCGUGCUCGCGCGGCUGUCGAAGUGCGACGUGCACCACCGCGUCGCCCGCUUCGUCGUCGACAGCACCAAGAACUACGGCAAGGUCAAGGUCGUGCUCAAGGCCACGCGGUUCUUCGUGGAGUCGCCGCACCGCGAGAUCCUCGAGCGGCUGAUCGCGGACGCGCGGAUCAAGGAGGCCGUGGUGUCGAAGGACGCGUCCGGGCGCCCGGAGAUCGUGGACAUGGGUCGCGCGCUGAAAGAGCACGCGGCGCUCGACCUGACGAAGGACACGUUCGAGGCGGCCGACACCGCCGCGGAGCCGAAGAAGGAGGACGCGGGCGCGGUCGGGCCGGACGGCCCCGCGAAGGACGCGCCGGGCGAGCGCGUGGACACGGCGGCGGCGGCGCUGGCCGCGGGCGCGCACGGGCGGUACGAGGGGUACGAGGAGGAGGAGGACACGACGCGGGCGGGGCGCAUCAUGGGGUUCGAGGUGGAUCCGGCGCAGGUGGACGCGGUGAAGGCGCGGUGUCUGCCCGAGGGCCUCAACUACCCUAUGCUGGAGGAGUACGACUUUCGGAACGACCGCACGAACCCCGCGGUGGCGUUCGAGCUGCAGCACGACGUCAAGCUCCGUCCGUACCAGGAGAAGUCGCUUUCGAAGAUGUUCGGCAACGGGCGCGCGCGCUCGGGCAUCAUCGUGCUGCCGUGCGGCGCGGGCAAGUCGCUGACGGGCAUCGCGGCGGCGUCGCGGAUCAAGAAGUCGUGCGUGGUGCUGUGCACGAACAACGUGUCGGUGGACCAGUGGUACGACGAGUUCUGCCGCUGGACGACGCUCAAGGGCACGCAGGGGCUCAUUGCCAAGUUCACGUCCGACGAGAAGCAGUUCUUCCCGGGGCGCGCGGGCGUGCUGGUGACGACGUACUCGAUGCUGACGGGCGCCGAGGGCCGCCGCGGCGAGGACACGCAGCGCAUCAUCGACAGGAUCCGCGGCGUCGAGUGGGGGCUGCUGCUCAUGGACGAGGUGCACGUGGCGCCGGCGAAGAUGUUCCGGCGGGCGUUCGGGAUCGUCAAGGCGCACUGCAAGCUCGGGCUGACGGCGACGCUGGUCCGCGAGGACGAGCACAUCCGAGACCUGCACUUCCUAAUUGGUCCGAAACUGUACGAGGCCAACUGGAUGGACCUGGCCAGCGCGGGCCACAUCGCGGACGUGGCGUGCAUUGAGGUGUGGUGUCCGAUGUCGAAGAGCUUCAUGCGCGAGUACCUCAAGGCCCAGGGCAACAACGACCUGCGCAAGCUCCUCACAGUGUUGAAUCCGAACAAGUACAAGGUCGCGGAGUUCCUCAAGGUGUACCACUGCCAGCACGGGGACCGCGUGAUCGUGUUCUGCGACGACCUCUUCGCGGUCAAGCACAUGGCGCGCCUCCUGGGGAUCCCCGCGGUCACCGGCGACACCUCCAACGCCGACCGCACGCGCAUCCUGGGCCAGUUCCGCGCGGGGACGAUCAACGUGGUGAUCCUCUCGCGCGUCGGCGACAACUCGAUCGACAUCCCCGACGCGAACGUCAUCGUGCAGGUCGCGUCGCACGGCGCGUCGCGCCGCCAGGAGGCGCAGCGUCUGGGGCGCAUCCUGCGCCGUAAGGGAGGGUCGAGCAACAAGGCGUACUUCUACACGCUCGUGUCGCGGGACACGCGCGAGAUGUUCUUCGCCGUCAAGCGCCAGCGGUUCCUCGUCAACCAGGGCUACGCGUACCAGGUCCUUCACCAAAAUGACUUUGAGAAGUGGAUCCAAAAGGAAAUGGGAGAGAGGGCCAAGGAGACGCUGAAGACGCAGGAAAUGGGCUUCGAGGACGAGCUGCUCAGGGAGGUCGUCGCGCCGUUCGUCGGGACGGCGCAGGGCGGCGAGGCCGGCGCGGGCGGCGUCAAGGCGUCGCGGGCGGGCGGGGCCGCGGGGCGGCGGGAGGGGCGCACGAUGGGCGCGCUCACGGGCGCCGACGACAUGCACUACGCGGAGUUCAGCGGGGAGGGGCGCGGGCGCGGGCGCGGGCGCGGGCGGGGCCGCGGGCGCGGGGCGGAGAAGCCGAAGAAGAACACGUUCGAGGCCGCGAUGCAGAAGCGCAUGAACCAAUACAAGCGCAAGAUGUACGGGUGA